UUUUUUCUGUUUUUAUGCACAAAAAAGAGCUGAUAGUUGUGGCAGGGUGACAGUGGUACGCAUCAACUCCAAUCAUCGACGAAGUAGUUUCCGGCGGAUCUUCUCCGAAGGGUGUGAGAAAAUGAACGAUUCCGAUGUCUCCAAACAAAUCCAGCAGAUGGUGAGGUUUAUACGCCAGGAAGCUGAGGAAAAAGCCAACGAGAUCUCUGUCUCUGCCGAAGAAGAAUUCAAUAUCGAGAAGCUGCAGUUGUUCGAAGCCGAGAAGAAGAAGAUCAGGCAAGAAUACGAGCGCAAACAGCGCCAAGUUGAAGUUCGGAAGAAGAUUGAGUACUCAAUGCAGCUGAACGCUUCUCGGAUUAAAGUUCUUCAAGCUCAGGAUGACAUGAUUAAUUCCAUGAAAGAAGCUGCAUCCAAGGAACUUCUGAAUGUGCAUCAUCAUCAUCAUGUGUACAGAAACCUUAUUAAAGAUCUCAUUGUUCAGAGUUUGCUAAGACUGCAAGAACCUUCUGUCUUAUUGAGAUGUCGGAAACAUGACCUGCACGUGGUAGAGCAUGUGCUGGAUUCAGCUGCACAGGAGUAUGCUGAUAAAGCAAAUGUGGAUCCUCCGGAGAUCCUUGUUGACAAAAAGGUCUAUCUUCCACCUGCACCCAGCCAUCAUCAUGCCCAUGAUCCCUACUGUUCUCUGGCGGGGUGGUGUUGGCUUCUCGAGAUGGAAAGAUUGUUUGUGAAAACACUCUUGAUGCCAGACUGGAUGUAGUGUUCCGUAAAAAGCUUCCAGAGAUCCGAAAGCAGCUCUUUGGACAAGUUGCAGCUUAAAGAUUUAAAGACUCUUGAUUUUAUUGUUUCAUUUCCCCUGGAAUAUUUAUUCCCUGAAAUAAAAUCUUGUCUUUGACCUGAAUAUCUAUCCUUCCAUUGCUUAUGUAGUCUCAGAUUCUUAUUAUUCUCCGCGAAAUAACUCCAUUUUUUUGUCA